AUGCUACGACUGUCGCUUGGCAGUGAAGAGCCAAGACCUACAAUCCAAAUAUCGAGCCUGAAUACACACUCCUGCCCUUUCGACUGGUCCAAGGAUCGGAGCUCCAUCACACCUCCAUUUCAAAGCCUGCUCGGUGCCGAGGUGCACAUCGACGAGGAGACAUGGACUGAGUUUUCCGUCUCUCGCCAAGCUUCCGAAGACCUAGUUUUCUGUCUAGCGUCCCCACGAGCUGAGCAGAGCGGAUACUCGACACAAGCAUUUUAUGUGUUUAAAAUAUAG